AUGCCUUUGGACACGAUAUAUCUAACUCGACAUGGGCACCGCCUCAGCUGGACCAUUGACUUUCGCACUGGCACAUACAGGGCCCAAUUCCCAACGCCGACAGGAAACCCAGCAGACCCUGUGCUGACCUCGCACGGCGUUCAUCAGUCGCACGAAUUAGCAAGACACAUUGCUGGCCCCCAAUUCCACCCGAAGCCAUUCCGUGUCUACUCGAGUCCCUUCUACCGCUGCCUGCAAACAAUCCAGCCGUCUGUUGAAGAGCUCAAGAAAAUCGCUGCUGAAUCUGGCAAUCAGAAAGAUGGCCAGAUUGGAUCAAUCGAUCGGCAUGCGGAGCUGGAUGUACGAAUUGAGAAUGGGCUAGGAGAAUGGUUCGGUGCAACAGACUUCUUCGACCACCCAGCCCACCCAACCCCCCAAAUAAUGUCCACCCAUUUCCCAACCCUCCUCUCAGACGCCAGCCAAACCUACAACCCCCUCCUUAUCCCCUCAAGACGCGGCGAGACAAUCACCCAACUCCACAACCGCAUAGCAACGGCCUUGCAAGGCAUAAUCGCCGACAUCGACGCAGAAGUCUCCGCCCUGGAAGCAGACCUACCACCAGACCAAAGAACCAGCAAGUCCGUCCUGAUCUGCGCGCAUGCUGCGCCACUCAUUGCCAUGGGACGGGCUCUUACUGGGCACAUGCCGGAUGAUAAAUCUGAAGAGGACUUCAAUGUUUUCACAGCUGAGGAGGGGGCUUCUUCUACUGCUAGUGCUGGACAUAGCGGUGACCAGGAAGGAAAUCAAACUGAGAAGCCGCUUGCUGAGGGUACGACGUUCAUUCGUGCGUCGGGGUCUCUGCCGCAGUGGAGGAAUGGACGUGGUGUUGGGGGUGGAUGGGAUUGUGUUGCGAAUGGGGAUUGUAGCUUUUUGAGUGGUGGUGCUGAGCGUGGAUGGCACUUUGAUGGCGAAGAAUCCUUCAACACGGGCCCUAUGGCUCCGCCUUCGGAGCCACCUGAGAAUGUAGGUGCCUCGAAGCUGUGA